AUGAAGGGUCUUGUUACAUAUCUAGCCCUGGCAGUGUCCUGCUCCCAGACAUUUGCCAGCCCUGUACGGUCGACCAGUGCUAAGAACUUGGUUGUUUUCGGUGACUCUUAUUCAACAGUCGGGUUUUGGCCAGGAGGACAGCUCCCCUCAGCUUCCAACCCUAUCGGUAACCCUGGGCUACCUGGUCAAACAACCUCGGCUGGACUGAACUGGGUUGGCCAUGUCACUUCCACCCUCAACACGUCCCUCAUCUUGACAUACGACUUUGCCUACAGUGGAGCUACAAUCGACAAGAAAAUUGUCAAUUCGUGGGCGCAAUACUCUAUGUCGGACCAAGUCGGGCUUUACAAACAAUACGUUGCACCAGCAGUCAGCGACGCAGAUACUUUGGUCGCGAUCUGGAUUGGGAUCAACGAUGUUGGUGAAGCGUUUUGGAGCAAGACGAACGCUCUUGUCACAGAAUGUGUGAAUCGGUACUUUGAACUUUUGCAAACACUUGUUAAUGAUGGCUUUGACAAGUUUGUUCUGUUGAACAUUCCCGGGUACGCUGAUCAGUUCCCAAAGAUGAUCGGUCAACCUGCAGUUGACCUGGCUCGUCUGAGGGCGGACAUAAUUUCCUAUAACAAAGCAGUACAGUCCAAAGCAGCAGCCUUCGCUUCAUCUCACCCGACCGUCAAACUACAAAUCUUUGACACCAAACCCUCAUUUGAUCAAGUCGUCAACAACUAUGCCAAGUACGGAGCAAAGGAUGCUACAUGUUUCGGGGCCAGUAACUGUCUUUGGGCUGAUGACUAUCAUGCCAGUGGAGCCAUUCAUAAGCUUCUAGCACAAAACCUGGUUAAGGCAGUGCGAGGUAUAUUCACUUUUUAG